GUGUAAGGUGCUGGGCAAUGGUGACGACAGUGGGAGAGGCUACUUAAUGGAUAAGGAACAGGAUCUCCCGGUUGUAUGUGAUCAGUAACCCCACCGUCUGUGUAGGCAACUACCUGCCUCACCUUGUCAGAAGAGAAUGCCAUGGAGGUGGAGGGCCCUUGGAGAGAAGUCUUUGAUGGUACGGACAGAGACAGCGGCACCGACAGACAGGAGGACUCCACCAGCCUGACCCGGAGUCCUCUGGCCCCUGAUGGCCCACCUAUUCGCAAGUCCAUGCCCGUCAGCAUCAAUCAUAACAGGUCCAAAGGGGAGGAGACGCAGACCUCUUCGCUGCCAUCCAUACCCAAUCCGUUUCCAGAGCUCUGCAGCCCAGCCCACUCCCCUGUCCUGGUUGGCUCCCCUCUCGGACAGGGCCUCCCUCCUUCGAGCGGCACGCAUGUGGUGAAGGUGUUUGGGGAGGACAGCCGUAGCCGGUCCUUGUGGGUGCCUGCGGGGGCCACUGCCAGGGACGUCUGCCACAUGCUUGUUCAGACGGCCCACUGCGUCGACCAGGAGAGCUGGGCUCUAAUCGAGCUGCACCCGGCCCUGGGACUGGAACGUUGCCUGGAGGACCACGAGACAGUGGUUGAGGUACAGGCCACCUGGCCUCUAGAGGGCGACAACAAGCUCCUGUUCCGCAAGAAUUACGCCAAAUAUGAGUUCUUUAAGAAGCCUGUGUUAUUCUUCCCAGAGCACAUGAUCUCGGACAGUGCUGAUGUCACAAAGGGCAUGACAUCAUCAGAACUCAUACAGAAUCUUCUGAACUCGGGGAGCUGUCCGGAGAUCCAGGGCUUCCUCCAUGUCCGGGAGCUCACCCGCAAGCCCUGGAAGAGGGUGUGCUUCUUCUUGCGGAGGUCUGGGCUCUACUGCUCCACCAAGGGCUCCUCCAAGGAGCCCCGUCACCUACAGUGUGUAGCCGACCUGGAAGACCUCAACAUUUACACUGUUGCUAACGGUCGCAAGCUCUACGGGGCCCCCUCAGACUUCACUUUCUGCAUCAAGCCUUCCAAGAACCGUGUGCGGUCACGGGACAUGAAGGUCCUAUGUGCAGAGAACGGGCAGACACGCACCUGCUGGACCACCGCCUUCAGACUCUUCAAGUAUGGAAAACAGCUCCAGUGCAACUACCAGCUCUCCCAGUCCACACGCAGGCAGGAAGUCAUGCUGCGUCAAGGUGCCAAGGGUGCCAAGCGCUGUGUGUCAGAAGCAUCUUUGGUGGCCAUGGAUUUCUCUGGGAAAGCAGGAGGAAGAGUGAUUGAAAACCCCCGAGAAGCCCAGAGCGCAGAGCAUGAGGAGGGGCAAACCUGGAGGAAGAAGACAGCCAUGCGCUACAGCCUGCCAAAUACCUGCCAAGGCUUCCGCAGCACCUCGAUUCACCAGACCCAGCCCUGGUUCCAUGGGGGAGUGUCACGCAGGGAGGCCCAAGCACUGAUUGAGGAGCAGGGGCUGGUGGAUGGGAUGUUCCUGAUCCGGGAGAGCCAGCAGCAUGCCCAGUGCUUCGUCCUGUCCCUGUGCUACAAACUGAAGACCAAGCACUACCUGGUCAUCCCAUGCGAGGACGAGGGUAGGAAGUACUACACCAUGGACGAUGGUGUCACCCUCUUCAUCGACCUCUUGCAGCUGGUGGAGUUCCACCAGAUCAAUCGCGGGAUCUUGCCUGUUUGCCUCAAACACCCCUGCGUUCGUGUGGCGCUCUGACCGUAACCCCCCCCCCCCGCCCCUCAGACUUAUGUACACCCAUCUUCUGGUGCUUACCAACCAUGCCGGGAGCCGUCCCUUCACUGAAAAAGACAAAACCGUAGGAACCUUAGGAAGGCAGUCCCGGGGGUAGGUGGAAUGUGUGGGAGUCGGGACCGUGCCUUUGAGACGAUUUUAAGAACUUUGUUGUUUUUAUUCCCUGUGUUAUUAUGAAAUUGUGGACAGCCAUUCCAGUCUAGAGGUAAGCUUCGGGGGAGCCAACGAGAUCUGGACCCACCAUGGUAUUCCAGACCAUAGCAUGAUAUGUGGGAAAGACACAUUUCCUCACCCUUGGUGUGGCAAUCUGGAGCUGAGGUUGCCAUUGAUUCACAUGGAUACAAUGUUCGCCUUCCGCGCCCGCACCCAUCGCACACCGAGAGGCUCCUGGAUUCUCCUUGCUCUCACUCCCUCCUGAAAGAAUGACUGAUUCAUAGAAACCGAUUACUCCUUAAAAUAGAAACCUGGCCGACACAUGCAGGUAUAUGUAGCAGCAGGCACAGCCUAAGUGACGAAUGUCUGUUUUGCAGAUGUGUCCUGGCACUCUUACAUGCUCUUGGUGUUUCUUUGCCCAUGAUGAUAUGAUUAAAGAUCUGCCCUGGCCCUGAGUUGAGAUGUUUGGCCAGGUGUUACAGGCUAAAGAUUGUUUCAUUGAAGGAAAUGAAGCCCCAGGAAACUGUGAGUGAUGCCUGUGAAAUGGGAAUUGGGGGAGAGGGGUUAGAUGGCUCCCCUUCCUCUUAGCUACAGAACUGGACUUUUUCCGUUACGAUUGACCAUUAGCCCUAGACUUUACUGCCUCAAUCAAGUUCAAUAUCAAUGACUUCAUAUCCUAUUGCUUCUCCCGGAAACCGCUGUAGUACAAAUGAAGCGGCUUGUCCUGAAUAUGGCAUUAUAUAAGGCCUGGCAUUACUCCAUUUCAAUUGUACCGUUAUUUUAUGUGUUUUUAGGAUGAUGAACUGUCUUCAAAUGUUAUGGAGAAAUAAUGCAGUGCUGUGGUACAGAGCUGUGUUAGUCAUGCAAAGCUAGUAAAUGUGUGGGUUAGGGGAAGGGUGAUGUGGGCCAAUAUUGAGACAUUAUUUGCACUUGUGCAACACAUUUUGAUAUGGCUAUGCAUGAUGUACAAUUACAUGUUAAAAGACAGUAAUGUAGCACGAACAAUUGAGGUCAGUACAUCUUCACCAGCCAAUCGUUGGACUGCGUACAUUGAGUUGUGUUAUGUUGAUGAGUACCACUAGAGGGCGGCAGUACAAUGAUUGUCUUGUUCCAGCUUUGCCAGUGCUGUAGCUUCAAAUGCACACAACCUAUCCCAGGCUCAGCUGUUAUGCUUGCAGUUUAUUUUUGUCAAAUAACUUGGUUUGAUUCAACAAUAUGCUGAUCUGGAUUUUUUUUCCAGCCAUAUAUUUUCAAUUUUCUGUUAGUCUUUUGUUAAAUAGCUGCUUUGUUUAUUUGAUAUAAGGAAAUGAUUAUUUUCACUUUUUUUAACUGACAAAAGGAGCUUAAGAUCACAUGCAUUUAUAUGUAAUUGGCUUAAUUGCAAUGAAUUAUUCCAGGUCAUAUAAAAAGAAACUUGAAAUAAAUAUAAAUCUGCAAUAUCAAUUUGGCAAAGGCCAAUACAUUAACCUCAGAAAUUUAAAGAAAUGUUUUUAUUCAUUGUUUUAUUUGAAUAAACAAUUCUUAAAAUAA